UAUUUUUCCACGUGCGACCACUUCACCGCACUCUGCGGGUCAAUUUUCAGCCGAGGCAAUGCGUGCAGAACGCAGUUUGCAGCUGAUAGAAACUUAGAUGCUGAUGUGAGGUGGAGGUUCAGCCUCAGCACCUUCACUGUUACCUCCCCCCUCCACCCACCCACCUCCACCUGCUUCCUUCUCUGCUCUCUCAUCCCUCCCCAUGCGCCCGGAUCGCUCCCCCUGCGCGCCCCUGACCAAAUCUCUUUGCUUUCUUCUUCACGCUCCACUCCUGUGAAGUAAUACCAAACCAUUUUCGGACAGCAGCAGGUCAGAGAGGAGUUCUUCUUUUUUUUUUUUUUAUCUUGGCAACUUUUUGCAGAUAACUUUUCAACUCUCUCUGUUGUAGCGCGCUACUAUAUCUAUUGCAAUUUGUUUUCCGUUCGCACCGAUGUUUACAUUAUUACUCAUAAAUCCUGUCAAUAGAGUAGUUUGAUGCAGAGGGUGUGAAGGAUGCUCGGUCUGAUCUCCUAAAACUGCAUCAUUACCAUCACUUCUCCGCGCGCGUCGACAGGAUUCCCAUUCCAGCCCAGGAGGGAGCUGCUGGACAGGUCCAUGAAGGCGCGCCGGUGAAGGUUUCGGUGAAGCAUUCGUGCAGAUUAACAGCGGCACUCCUCCAGCAUCUGCCUCUUCUACCCGGAUCAGAGCAGACCGGGAGACGGUGAUCAGGCUUCGGCCUCAGGUGCAUCUCUGAGGCGGGGCGACGCGAAGGUCCAGGUUUUGUAGAGGCAUGGACUGCAACUGCGUCAGCGAUCUGCUGAUCCCCCCUGUGCCCGCCCUCUGGACCCCAGGUUUUGCCUUCCCAGACUGGGCCUACAAGCCGGAAUCAAGCCCAGGAUCCAGGCAGAUCCAGCUGUGGCACUUCAUCCUGGAGCUGCUACAGAAGGAGGAGUAUCAGGGCGUGAUCGCCUGGCAGGGAGACUACGGGGAGUUUGUCAUCAAGGACCCAGAUGAGGUGGCGCGGCUGUGGGGGAUAAGAAAGUGCAAGCCUCACAUGAACUAUGACAAACUGAGCCGGGCGCUGCGGUAUUACUAUAACAAGCGCAUUUUGCACAAAACCAAAGGGAAACGGUUCACCUACAAGUUUAACUUCAGUAAAGUGGUACUGGUUAACUACCCCAUUCUGGACAUGGCUAACUCGCCCUUCUUCUUGGCCCAGAACCACUUUAACGGGGGCUCGGCUGCUCCGGACUGCAGCCCAGAGGUACGAACGGCCAUACAGUCCCUGUUUCCUCGUUUGCCAGACACUGGCAGAGGAACGUCAUUGUUCGAUCGAGGAUCCACAGCACCGGGACCUGAAGGAGACAAAUUGAGACUGGACACAUUCCCUUUCCUCGGUUCAGGUGCCCCAUGCUACUCCAAACCCCCGUCCCUGCUGGGCCCUUACCCUCGCAACCCACCCUUUGACUACCCCUGGAGUUUCAACCCGUACCUCCCAGGGGCCUUCUCUCUCAAUAACUGCCCCAAACUGCCCCCCGGCUCCCUCUACCCCUCCCAGUUUUACCCCAAUCCUUUGCAGACCAGCCUUUCCCAGCUGCCUCACCCCUUCUCCUCACUACUUCCCCCAGGGGAGGCUGCCGGAGGUGAAAGGGGAGCACCAGGGCAGACUGCCGGGACAAAUGGCACAGCGGGUGGUCAGCCGGCUCGCCUCUGCCUGCCGCCCUACCCAGGUGGCCUGUCAAUGGGUCGGACUGAGAUUGGCAACGGGGCGACACUUGGGGAAAGGGAGAGGGUGGAGGCAAGCCCUCCAAGCACAGGCCUGGGUCUGGGAUUGGGGGCCGUCAGCCUUGGAGCCGGGACGGGCCAGCAGAGCCCCACAGAGAGGAGAGGCGGGGUGAAGCAGGACCCGGAAUCAGACUCCGACUUGGAGAUAACGGAUCUGAGCGACUGCAGCUCAGACAAUGAGAACGAUCAUGACUUUGGCAUUGGGAAAGAAUCCAGCCUUGUGAGCCGCUCACCCCUAGUGUUGGAUGGAAAAAAAGGGAGUCUGCUGCCUCCUAUCGCCUCGCUCCCCCCACCAGUGUCUCCUCAUCCACUGAAGGGCCUGAUGCCCCUUACUCCUCCACCUCCUUCCCUGCCUCCAACGCUCUCCCCGUCCAUGGCUCUGCAUGACAGACACAGGGAGGCAGAGACUCUGAAAAUGAUCCACAGCUAAGACAUUUUCCAACCAUCCUGUCUGGCCUACGCUCUGAUAACUCUCUUCUUCUUUCCUGCUUUAGAUGAUCAAAUCUUCAUCCAUGACUGUUUUUUUAUUUUUAUUUCCAGAUAAAAUAAGUUCUUUGCUUCUGAAACUGUUUGCUGUAUAAGCUCUUCACUUAUUACCCCACUGUCUCCCCCAGAUUAGAAUACAAUAUUUUAAACUGCUAUGGUGUCAUUUUUUAACUUUCUAUUCUGUUUGAUUUUUUAUUUUUUUUUUGCACAAUAAAUAUGUGUAAGAACCUUUCAGUUUGCUGUCUGCAGUCAAGCUUGAAGAAAAGGGCAACGAGGUGGAAAAUUUCAGAUCUGACUGGGGAAGAAAAUUGACAUACUUCAACAGAUUUAAAAAAAUUAAAUAAUCAAAGCAAAUUUACUGUACAGGUUUACAUAUUUGCAUUAGAACUUUAAACAUGCAAUUCAGAGAUAUAGUCAAAUACUGCCACCUACUGGUUUUCUUUGGUAAUACUGUCUACAAAGCCUUUACCUUAUUCCCUACAGUGCCCUUGCAAGUAUUAACAAAACUUAAACCUUUGUCCCGUUACAAGCAAAAAUAACAGUAUGUUGCUACUUAAUUUUUCUUAAAAUUAUCACAUAACUGUGAAAAAAGGAGAAAAUGCAUGAUUUUCAAACCAAUGGGAUGUAUCAGUCAAUUCCACUAUUGUGAUUUAUUCAAGUUUGAGCCAUUUUUCCUCAUAAAUAUGACCUUAAUCAUUCUUUUGUACCUCUAGAUGCUUAAUUUUAUCAACAGAAUGUCAGUUUUCUUUCAUUAAUAGCACUUUGCGACUAACUGGAAAAUAUGUAUAUUUUGGACUCUUCUGAAAAGAACACUUUGUCAAACACAUGAAGCGAAAUGAAGGGGAUCUCUGAAUACUUUGAAGCAGUGGCACUCUUUUUCCCAUGUUUCCAUACAGUACAGAUUUUUUAUGCUUAAUAAUUUCCUUCUUCAGCCUGUCAGGGAUAUUGCUUUAAAACCUAACUGUGCUUUCAGCCGCUUAACAUCUUUAUCUCUGACAAUCCACUGUGUUCCUUGGUCUUCUUCAUGUUUUAUUGUUUCCCUAUGUUCUACAAUGAACCGCUGAGGUCUUAACAGUAUUAAGGGAUAUUUUGCAGCUUGUUGCUUUUGAUUAUUUUAGGGUAUCAAAGUAAAGGGGGUUGAAGAAAAAAGGAAGCCAUAUUUUUUGGGAAACCGUGUAUUAUUUCUAUUUUAGCUAUUUAUUUCCUUAUGUUGAUUCAUCAAAAGCGUUUCAAAAGAUCAUUUGGAAUUUUGUGGUUGUUAUGGGACUAAAUGUAAGAAAAGGUAAAAGCAUUGUCAUUCUUUUGUAAAACAAUGUUGAAAAAUGCUUUUUCAUUUUUUUUUUCAAUAUGCACUUUUUAAUGUGUUUUAUAUUUAAAAACACAAUAUCCGUUAUUAAGUUUUACCUGCAUCACUCUGUGAUAAUUGAAUUUGUUGCAGCACUUUUUCAUCAACAGGAAUGAAAAAGAGAGCUGAGCAGCUGGAUCUACCCAAACUUUGUAUGAAUACUUCUGUGUAUAUAUUUUAAUAUGGUGUACAUGACAUUUAAUUAUGAUUCCUCUAUGAUAAGAUUUACCUGUAUUGUUGUGAUUUACUUCAGUAUUUAAACAUGUUGGACAAUUAUAAGCGUCGGUGUAUCAAGGUUUAAACAAAUAAUGAAAGAAGAUCCGCAAUCUGAAAGUGAAGAAAGAGCUCUAUCUUAUUUUUUAUUUAUUUAUUUAUUUUUUUCUGUCUGCCCCAAGUUAAUUGUGUCCUAUGGUUAUUUUUACCAUAUGCCCAGAGAAAAAGAACCGCCUUACAGUCUUAAAGUCAUUUUUUUUAAGCCAGUGUGAACUAUUGUAAUUAGUCUAAUGUUACACUUAUUGGUCUUUCUUUUUGUUUUGUUUUUUAACCCUUCCCAAUAAUCUGCUUUGGUUGUUUUUCAAUUGGUGUCUAUUUUCAUCACAUAUUCUUGCUG